AUGGCAGGGCCCUACCCCAGGCGCAAUGGCAACAGCAGCCAAAGCAACAACCUAAUCGCCACAUUAAGUGAAAUGCAAAUUGACGCAGAUUACAUUCAGCAACUCAGAUGGAACAUAAAGACCAAGGUGGAUAUUUUAAUGAGCAAAUUAUUCCCCAUAACGAGAAAAAAAGAAGAAAAAAGAUUUAUAGUAAUAAUCGAAAAAAAUAAAAAUUAUGAUAAUUUCCGAUGCCCAAUAUGCAUGCUGAUACUGUACAAGCCAGUGAAGACAAAAUGUGGCCACAUGUUUUGCAAGGAAUGCAUAGAGCACGUUUUAAAAAAGUUCGACUACUGCCCCAUGUGCAGGGAAAAUAUAAAGGAGUUUAAAUUGGAACCUGUGCAAAAUAGCCUCCUGGGCAAGGAGUACACGGAUAUAAAAAUCAGAUGCUGGAAGUGCAGGGAAAUUACUGAUAUAGAGCAUUAUGAGGCCCAUCUGGAAAGUCACGUGGAUGACGGAGAUGAGGGGGGAUAUGGCUGCUGGAGGGGGAGUGGCGUCCCUACAUGCCUCGUCACCGACACGACCCUGGGAAGGGUGUCAUGUAUAGGGAAAGCCCCACAAGCUGAUCCAACAGAAACGCUCAUUAGAGCUCUAAGCCCAUUCUUCAAUAAACGAAUAAACGUAGCAAAUAGAGACGAAUUUGUUAAAGCCGUGAGGGAGAACCAACUAAACACGGACAUACACAGUGUGCACCUCUUGUUUGGGAAAAGGGUCGAAAAGGAAACCCCAAAUGGGAGGGAAGCCAAGCUGGGCAUUUCACAUGGAAGCCAAAGUGGGAACCCUAACUUGUGUCCAAGUACGAACCCACCUGAACAACACGGCGAAAUGAUCAACAUGGAUGACAUAACUUGGGACGCGUUCAUCCUUGUGCAAAUAAAAUGGGAGAAAAAAAAGCAAAUAUAUAAAUCUGACGCGGGAGACGACGACAAAGUAUACAGUUCUAUGUUACCCUCUUCAACUGGUGACCUGAAAGGGGGGGAGAACAUGGAUGACUCCCUCUCCUACAAGAAGGAUCAACCUACUGACCAUAGCAGGAGGAAUAUCCUAUACACAUUAGACAAUUUUGAAGCUUACCAAAAGAGGAAAUUGAAAAAAAAUAAAACGAACAAGUACUUUUAUGUUCUCCUCGAGUACAACGCAAAGGGGUUGUUUUUCACCCCCAUGAAAAACAUUCCCGUGUUUAAAGACAUGAACAUGGAGAGGAGUGUCAUUUAUAGGGGUGGAGACAAGCGGUGGGAUAAGCAUAAUAUGAGGGAGGGUAAAAGGGAAGACACCUCCAGCCAGGACGAACAGUUAAUUGACAUCCUAGUGAAGAUGAAUGAAAAAAUAAAAUCCAGAACCUACCACAAGUACCUUUACAAUGCCGUUCAUUUAUUUCAUGAGUUUUUAAAUUGGUACAGCAGCAUAGAGCAGAGCGACACAAAAAUUGCUGUAAAAAGAACCCAUUUUAGAAAGAACCAACUGGAAGAUCUAGAACUCAUGCUUCUGCUCUUUUACUUGAAAUACGAAUGUACAAUGCCGGAAAAUGUGGACUACGGUGCGAUGUACUCCUGUGCAACUUUUUUAAACAAAGUGAUGAGCUCCGCAAAAGAAACAAACCAAGCUGUGUUCGUGACGGAUGUAUACACAUAUAGAAGUGAUGCAAUAACUCGGGGGAAGCACCGUCCCGGGGGGGGACAAACAAAUAAGUCGAAUUCGCUUGCUGCCCUUUCCAGCGUCUCUUUAAGAAAGGCAGACGUGAACAUUCACUUUGUGCUCCGCGUGAGACGGGGGAAGCCAACUGCAUGUGAAGACCAACAGGCAGGUGUAGGGGCAGGCGCAGCCCACCAUCAAGUGAAGGAACAACCCAGCAGAAAUUUGCAGAAUUAUGAUGACGUCACGGAUUUAUGUUACCUCCUGCUCUGCUUCUCUGACAUGGGGUUCCAGUGGGACGUAAAUGAAUCCCUAGACUUUUCAAAAACGAAAAAAAGUAUUCCUUACAAGGAGAUAAACGUUCUUUUUAGUAUGGACAAAUUGAUACUUUGCCUUUUCAACGUGCGAAGGAAGAAAUACAGCCCCUUAUUUUGGAACUCCGCCCACCUGUUGCAGUACCUUUUGCACUUCUGCGCCGACUGA